GGGCCCUGGCCGGGGGGAGGGAUCAAUUGUGGGCAAGUUGCCCUGCGGCUAAGCCCCUGAGCUCAGGCCGCUCCCGCUCGUUAUGAUUGUCGCCCGUCAACACUGCUAGCACUCGUUCCUUCACCCGCCAACCAUCGCCGUGCGCUCCAUUCGGGCCAGCGCGGCAGCAGUGCACUUUCCCUGAGACCCCAUGGCAACGUCGCUUGGGCCCGUGGAACUGAGCCUUGCCAUCACCAACCACCACCAUGGCCGCCAUUCCGAGACCUUCACUGAACCCCCCCGACGCGCCUCUACCCGCCCUCCCUGUGCCCAAGACGCGCAGUCCCGCCAGCCCCGAACGACGCAUGUCCGCCCAGCCCUCGUCACCCUCGACGCUCCCAACGCGCCCGCAGCCCAAAGCGCAAUCCAACUCUACCUCGAACCUGCCCACAACCUCUCAGAUCCGGGGCCCGUUGGCGGCCGCCACGCCCGCAAAAGGCUUGCGCAAGACGAUCAGCAUUGGUUCCUUUCCUCAGCCUCCCAAAGGCGUGAAUCGCAUAAGCCAUCCACCAAGUCCUCUGUCGGCCGGCACCACUUCAGAUGGCACCACCACGGAUAGGCGGAGCUCGCUCGGCUCCACGGGUGUCCCCUCGAGGAAGCCGGGUAGCGCCAGGGCUCGAGGACAGUCUUCCACGAAGUCUCCGUUGGGCUCGCCAAGCUUGCUGGUCGAAGCUGUCGAUAGAAGGCUGGCCCUGAAUGGCUCUUUUGCCAACUCAUCGCCCCCCGAAAGCCCAGGUUAUCCGUCGCAAGAAUCGUAUGACACCGAGCUCGAUGAUAGCGGCGAAGCCGAAAAAAUGUCUUCAGAGCAGGAAAGCCCAGGCACCGGGGGGCGGUCGUCUACCCAUAAAGACGGAAAAGGAAACGUUGUAGUGAGUGUUCGAGUAAGGCCUGAUGCGGGAGGGUCAGAAGCGCCACGCGAGUCAGAGUGGAUGGUGGAUGGACGGCGGGGCUUGAUAGCGUACAGAGGGCGAGAAGGCGGCGACUAUUUCAGCGACAAUGUGUUUACUGCGCAGGACAACAACGCACGCGUCUACGAUGCGGCAGCCAAGCGGCUGGUUCGGCGGGUGAUGGAAGGCUAUCACGGGACAGUCUUCGCAUACGGUAUGACCGGCACAGGAAAAACCUUCUCCAUGCAAGGCACGACUACGUCUCCGGGUGUAAUCCCCCUCGCCAUCACCGACAUCUUCUCUUUCAUCCGGGAAACUCCCCACCGAGAGUUCUUGCUGCGUGUGAGCUACCUAGAGAUCUACAACGAAAAGAUUCAUGACCUUCUGGCAAACCCCACCGGAACAGGUCCGCUGGCCGGACCGCAGGAAGAAAUCAAGCUCAGGGAAGACAGCAAAAGAGGUGUUUACGCAACGCCAUUGAAAGAAGAAAUAGUCCAAAGCCCUACGCAGCUUCUGCGGGUCAUUGCCAGAGGUGACCAGUGCCGGAGGGUGGCCGGUACGCAGUUCAACGCCCGGAGCUCACGGAGUCAUGCGGUUGUUCAGAUUGUCGUCGAAAGCCGCGAGCGCGUCCCCGGAGGAGGAACUCUCCAGGAUAGCAAGCGUUCGGCCAUAGCACCUGGUGGAGUGCGCGUCUCGACACUGAGCCUGAUCGAUUUGGCGGGCUCAGAAAGAGCUGCAGAUGACAAAGAGAGGCGAGCCGAAGGCGCGCACAUCAACAAGAGUCUUCUUACGCUCGGCACGGUCAUCGCUCGACUUUCGGAGCACAAGGACAAGGAUGCAGAAAGAGACAAACAUCUGCCCUACAGAGACAGCAAACUUACUCGUUUGCUGCAACCCGCUUUGUCGGGAAAUUCCCUCGUCAGCAUCCUAUGCACUGUCCAAAUUGGUUUUUCAGGAAGCGUUGCGAGCACCAACACGCACAUCAACGAAACGCUCAGUACCUUGAAAUUCGCUUCACGUGCCAAAAAUAGCAUUGUCAGUCAUGCGAAGAAAGCAGAAGAGGCACAUGCCGCCGACCCGAACAGCCGCGCGCUCUUGGACCGGUAUCGCAUGGAGAUUGCAGAACUACGCAAACAGCUUGAAAACAAAACGAAAGAGGAGACCGUAGCCAGAGUGAUGGAAGAAGAAAGAGCUCGUGAGGUCGAAGCAGAAGUGCGGCACGAAGAGCAGAUGCUAGAAAUGCAGCUUGCGCGAACGGCUCUGAAAGAGCGCAUCGAACACCUCAACCGUCUAAUCCUGAGCUCAAGGUCCAUAGGGGUAAACUCCCGCCGGUCCUUCACGUCUUUGGGCGCUCGGUACCGCAACUCGAUCAUGAGCAACAGCGAGCCUCACACGGUCUCUGUGCGCAACUCGAUGGCAAGUCAGAUGGCGCUUGAGGUGCCAAACCUCAACCGAACCUCUUCCGGAGGCUCGGCAAUGUCAUUCCCGCCAUCUCUAGGGCAGGAAGCGGGCGAGAACGGGUCGGAAGAAGAGGAGUCGCUGGGCGACAACGGCGAUGGCACGGCCAGCCCCGCAGCUCACAUCCAAGCCUUGCAGGUAGACCUCGCGGACAAGAACCGCUACAUAUCUACGCUUGAGAAGCGCUUGCUGCAGGCGCGGCGGACGAGCCAAUCGCGCAUGUCGAUGGCUCUGUCGCACUCGGGCCGGCUGACGGCCCUGGGCAUAGAAGAGGGCAGGAUCGAGUCACUGCUGAAGGAGAAGGACGAGGAGAUAGCAGAGUUGCGGGCGCAGCUCGAGGACAAGGACCGCAUGGUAGCGGCGCUGCGGUCGGCGGCGCGCAAGCGCGAUGUGGCCGACCUGACCGUCGACACGUCGGUGGCGGCGCUGGAGAACCGCCGGGCGGCGGUGCGACGCAGUGGCAGCACCGCCAGCUCGAGCUACUUCUACAACAGCGGCAAGAGCUGGGCAACGAGCCCCGGUGGCCUGCUGUCGCCGCGAUCGGAGAAGGACUCGCGCGAGGUCGAGGACAUUACGAAGAUGCUGGACGACAUGCUCAGUUUCAGACCGGCGCACGACAGCUGAUUUGCUUUUUAUUUUUUAUUUUCCUCUUGGUUAUGUUCGUUUUUGUAGCACCCUUGAUACCCUAGAGUACAUACGCACGUACCGAGUAAUGCGUCUCAAGUUCGUCUCACGCUGCGCCUACGCGAAGCAUCCCGUCAUCUCCAUUCCACUACAGCUGCACCAAAGUCUCCCCAAUGGCGCUCUUCUCUCUCCACUGCCCUCGCCCUCGCUCUCGCCCACCAUGCACGCCCGCCGUGCCAACCACCUCUCCAUCGUCUCGCCCUCGACCUCCGCCCGCCCGCCCGCCGCUCUCUUGACCCCGCGCACCCCUCACUCGGCCCUCUUCUCACGCUCUCCACCGCCCUCGCCGGGCUUACCUCCCCCACCGCGCCAUGCCAAGGCUUCGUCUUCCGCCCACGCGCGCAUCGUCAAGAAGCUCCUGGCCGUCUUUUGCAGUCUUACCGUGCUA